AUGGAGGAUCCUACCGCACAGCUGACACCGUUUGCCGAAAAAAUUUCAGCGCUACAGUCCAACAUAAAGACUAAAGGCACUAACAGCUACUAUUACGCACAUAAGAGGCGUGAAGAUGUGGAAAUUCACGAAUGGGAUGGAAAUGCCGCGCCUCGCCUUCUUAAAACCCAAUCUCUGGUCUCUCAGUCCGCGGAAGUGACGGACGCUAUAACUAACUACGCUUGGGCCGAUGGAAAAAGGUACGUUUCUGUGUAUUUGAAAUUACCGGGCAUCGGUCUCCAUAAAGAUGAAGACACGGACGUCAAUUGGACAGCUACAAGCCUCACGGUGAAGAUCAAGAAUUACGACGGCAAGACGCGUCUACUUGUUAUGUCUAAGCUGUACGAUGAGAUAUCGGAUGUCAAGGUAAAGCGCAAAGAGGACCAGCUUGUGCUGCAGCUUGUUAAGGCUAAAGAAUUUAGCUGGCACUCGCUUAAGAAGGAUGUGUAG